GCGCACACAACACAGAACACUUCCCUUUCAAACUCCAAAUCAAUCCAAAAACAAGAGAAUUCAGAACCCACACAUCACUCUCCAUCAUUUCACUUUUCCCUCUCCACAAUAAGACUCCACUGCUCCCAAAUAAAUCCCUCCUCAACUCCACCCCCAAACAACAACUCAAAAACCCCCCAAUAAACCAUAAACCAUGGUUUUUGUACUCUUUCAAGCACUAGUACUCUUGGUGGUGGUUAUGCCACUACUUGUCACCACCACCAGCACAACUACGACAUCAUACCCCAAUUACCAAAACUUCAACAUCAAAGAUUCAGUCUCAGAAACUAAAACCAAGCCCACCCAAAUUUCCCAAUUCAAUGAAAUACCCAAGAAAAGCAGUCCUGAAAGUGAAGUGAAAAAAUGGAAGCUUGAACUUGUUCACAGGGACAAAAUCUCAAUCUCCAAGAAAACCGACAACCAUACCCAUCGUUUUAUUUCCCGAAUGCGAAGAGACGCGAAAAGGGUGUCCAGUCUUAUUCGCCGCCUCUCAAAUGGCGGCGUCGUUCACCGGGUGGAGGAUUUCGGGUCGGAGGUGGUUUCGGGUAUGGAGCAAGGAAGUGGAGAGUAUUUUGUGAGAAUUGGAGUGGGUAGUCCACCAAGGAGUCAAUACAUGGUGAUUGAUUCCGGUAGUGACAUUGUGUGGGUUCAGUGUCUGCCGUGUAGUCAAUGCUAUCGCCAAACGGAUCCUGUAUUUGACCCGUCUGAAUCUACUUCUUUCGCCGGAGUUUCUUGUAGCUCCGCCGUUUGUGAUCGGGUCGAUAACGCGGGUUGCCAUGCGGAUCGGUGUCGGUACGAGGUAUCAUACGGUGAUGGGUCCUAUACAAAGGGAACUCUCGCGCUCGAAACGCUGACUUUUGAUCGGACCGUGGUUCACAAUGUGGCGAUCGGGUGCGGCCAUAUGAACCAAGGCAUGUUUGUUGGGGCUGCCGGGUUAUUGGGUCUCGGAGGUGGAUCCAUGUCACUUGUGGGUCAAUUAGCGGGUCAAACCGGUGAUGCUUUUGGUUACUGUUUAGUGACUCGGGGUUCGGGUUCAUCCGGAUCAUUAGAAUUGGGUCGUAAAGCCAUGCCUGUUGGGGCUACAUGGAUACCUCUUAUCCGGAACCCACAGGCUCCAAGUCUCUACUACGUGGGGCUUUCGGGUCUUGGAGUUGGAGGCACCCGAUUACCCGUAUCCGAAGAUGUUUUUCGGCUAACCGAAUUAGGAUAUGGAGGUGUUGUUAUGGACACUGGAACGGCCGUUACAAGACUACCCACAGUUGCCUAUGUGGCAUUCCGUGAUGCUUUUAUCAACGAAACCGGAGACCUCCCUCGAGUUUCCGGAUUAUCCAUAUUUGAUACUUGUUAUGACCUAUCCGGGUUUGUAUCGAUCCAGGUGCCAACCGUGUCAUUUUACUUCUCGAGCGGGCCAAUCCUGACCCUUCCAGCAAGGAACUUCUUAAUCCCGACUGAUGAUUCGGGCACAUUUUGUUUUGCAUUCGCUCCAUCCCCAUCCGGACUAUCCAUCAUAGGGAAUAUCCAACAAGAGGGGAUCCAAAUCUCAUUUGAUGGAGCCAAUGGGUUUGUGGGAUUUGGUCCCAACGUGUGCUAGCUAAACUAGUGGAGUUGCUAUAUCUUGAUAGCGUUUUGUUAAUAUGAUACAUAUGAGGUCAUGUAUCUAUUUUAUUAAUUGCUAUUUAGUGUAUAAAGGGAACAAUAUUCCAUGAGCAAGACCAUAGUACUAUAAUAACUUUAAUCUUGUUGA